AUGUCACCCUCGAGCCUAGCAAUUUCGAGCACCGGAAAGGAGUCAUUCCUCCCAUCCGCUAUACCCAUGGCGAUGUCCAUGCCAACCCCAACUAUGGGCCCACCGGACUUAGCGAAGGACGGCGCACCAGCCAGCGCUGCUACAGAAACACCAUCCUUGAUACCACAACUGCGCAGAGGAGCACGCAGCAAUGCCUCAGCAUUGUCAGGCCCAUCGACCACGAUACGGGAGACGACGACAGUCUACAUCCUGCCUGGUGUCCCUACUGACACUUCAACACCCAGUAGUUACGCGGACUCUGACUCAGUUUCUGGACCAAGUGCCGGACAGAGAGGAGGUAUCGCAGGCGGCACAGUCGGCGCCUUCGUGAUCGCGGCCCUGCUGACUGUGGCCUGCUACAGGCGUGCACGGCGGAGAAUGCGAAGGAGAGAAGGCUUCCUGAGCCUGUCCGACUCAAGCUCCAUGUCAGAGGCCGCAGAGCGUGGCGCCGUAAACCACGAGGAUGGGGAUUUGUUUGGUCUAGCGAUCACGACCACUCCUAGCGCUGUUGGGAGCGCCAGCGACGAGCCGCCGACACCGGAUACAGCACUGCUUGGGUCCGCACAGGGGGACCACACGUCGGAGCGAGUCCCGAUAUUUUUCCAGCCGACCCGAGGCACAGUCGGCCGGUACCCGGGGCUCCCGGCGACGCCCAGGCCCAGCAUCCGGCGGUCAGACUACCUCAACCCCGUGGUGCGCGAGGCGACCCUGAUGCCUCUACCACUGAGGACCCGCAGGCCAGCCCUGACGCGGAGUUUCUCUGAGCCUUGGCAGAUGGGAUUCCGCAGCUCCGCCCGCCGCAGCGCCGCAGCGACCAACGACCAGGCCCCGCAGCAGCAGCAGCAGCAGCAGCAGAACCGCGCAUCCAGCGGCGCCAGGGGCAAGAGCAUGACCAGCAGCGUGUACAGCUCCGAAGCCGCCUUCACAUUUACCAACUCCGGGACGUUUGGACCGCGGACGUCGCGUGUCUCGCGUGUCACGCGCGCCAGCGGCACGACCGACGCCUCCGGGCUGCGCGCCAGCACGCUGGCCAACUUCCCCAAGCCGCCGCCUUAUACGUUCUCGAGGGGGGACGGGCGGGGCCUGGGGACGACGUGGCGGGAGAGCUUCGUCUUCUCCCCGCCCGAGGACGAGGUGCUGCUGGCGUUCCCUAAGCUGGCGCGGCAGAUGGAGGGCCAGGCGUUCUAG